GGAAAUGAAGUGUGCAGCAUCUCUCUGUAGCAACUGUUGUUUGUGCUGGGAUAUGAUGAAUCAGUGAUUGGCUUACGGACUGUCACUACUAACCUAAUCAUGAGGGGUUUGCGCCUGAUUUAGCCAGCUUGUGAAGUAUGAUUCCUGCCCAGACCAUUAUUGUACAGAACUUGUACCAGAAUAGGUUUCUGGGUUUGGCAGCCAUGGCAUCGCCUUCCCGAAACUCUCAGAGCCGACGGCGAUGCAAAGAUCCCCUCAGAUACAGCUACAACCCGGAGCAAUUCCGCAACAUGGCUGUCACCAUUCCACGUGCAAACAGUGACACGAACCUGGUGAAUUCAGGGAGUCGUUCCACCUUGAUGGUCAGCAGCUCCCGUUACACCAUCGGUCAGUCACAGGACCUUAUCAUCUGCUGGGAUAUUAAGGAAGAAGUAGAUGCUGGGGAUUGGAUUGGCAUGUAUCUCAUAGAUGAGAUUCUCUCUGAAAACUUCCUGGAUUACAAAAACCGUGGAGUUAAUGGUUCACACCAAGGACAGAUCAUUUGGAAAAUCGAGCCAAGUUCCUACUUUGUGGAGCCUGAAACAAAAAUCUGCUUUAAGUAUUACCAUGGAGCCACUGGAGCGCUUCGAGCAACAACACCGAGUAUCAGUGUGAGAAACCCUUCUGCUCCUAUUUUUAAAACUAUUUCCAAUGAAGGUGCUCAAGGCCAGGGAAAUCGGAGACUGAUCAGCUUUACAUUGUCAGGGUUUCAAGCUGUUGGUCUGAAGAAGGGGAUGUUCUUUAAUCCUGAUCCUUACCUGAAGAUUUCCAUUCAGCCGGGCAAACAUAGCAUUUUCCCAGUAUUACCUCACCAUGGGCAGGAGAAAAGAACUGGAAUUACUUUUAACACCAUCAACCCUGUCUGGCAGAGAGAGCAGCACAGUUUUGUUUCACUUCCCACAGAUGUGCUAGAAAUUGAGGUCAAGGACAAGUUUGCAAAGAGCCGCCCCAUUAUAAAGCGCUUUCUAGGAAAGCUUUCAAUGCCAGUACAGAGAUUACUGGAAAGACAUGCAAUCGGGGACAGAGUGGUGAGCUAUACACUGGGCCGUAGACUGCCAACGGACCAUGUCAGCGGACAGCUGCAGUUCCGAUUCGAAAUAACAUCUUCAAUCCACCAAGAUGAUGAAGAUAUCUCAGCCAGUACUGAAUCAGGAACAGCUGAACAACAGGAAAAUCCAAUAAUGGACGCAACCGAGCAGACCUGUUGUGAGUCCCAGAGUGUCAGCGGUACAGAAGAGGUUGAGCAGUUGAAUGAGCGUGAAAGUAAUGUGAAUGGUGUGGACUUGAGUAGUCCGUCCAACGGUAUUAACGUUGUGACUUUGAGUGAACCACCACCUGUCACUGAAUUCAACCUAACCAUUGAAAAUGUGAAUGGUGAGGGUGACAACAAUAAAGAGGAUAAUUUACCAGCAAGUAUAUUGGAUCUCAGGGAGCCAGUACCUGACAUAACUGAUUUAACCGAGCCUGAGGCUAGCACAGUUUUGGAUGCAAUGCCAGAGAGAGAAAGAACACUGGAAAGUGAUGAGACAGAGAACACACAAGAAGAAGUGUGUUCUGGUCAAUCCAUGCCCGAGGCUGAAAAUGUCACUCAAGACAUGUGUGAGGUAGAUGGGACUGAGAACACUGAAGCUUCACCUCAGCAGGAAGACGAUACAUUGAAAAUGCGGAAAACUGGGAAGAGGAAAACUAGGCCAUUCUCUCUGCCAGUGUCUGAGCUGGAAUCCGUGAUCGCUUCAGCUUGUGGUUCAGGAGAGCCAGAAACCCCUCGAACCCACUACAUCACUCUGCACCGGCUGCUCCAUAGUCUGCCCUCUGCACAGCUGGAUAAUGAUGAUGCCCAGGAACAGGCCAGUAGCAAUUUUGUUCCCUUAGAACUGUUAGAAAAAGACACCGUGGAUCAAAGUGGAACAUGUGAGAUGGAUACAACAGAGCUUCAAACGAGUAGUGAUACAAGUGGGCCCAGUAAUACUGGGAGAAGGAUGCUGCCUCGUAGUGCAUCAGUUGAACAUCUUUCAGAGUUAAACCAAAUCUUAGAGAAGGAUCAGCAAAGCAAUCAAAGUGAGACUGUCGCAGAUACAGAACAGCAGGUCAAUAACGAAUGGGACAUCUGUGAUACACCAUGUUGUAGAACUUCUUGUUACAGCACUUCCUGUUACAGUACAUCCUGUUAUAGCACUUCCUGCCAAAGUACUUCCUGUUACGAUAGUACAAAUCACUUCUCCUCAAGUCAUACCAGGUUCUCCUCAAUUGACAGUGCACGGCUGUCUGAAAGUACAGUUUUCUCUUCACAAGAAGAGGAGGAUGAGAACAGUGCAUUUGAGUCGAUGCCAGAGUCGGGCCAUAGCCCUGAGUCCUGUGACAGAAUACAAGUGGACAGCAUCCUUCAGUGGCCUGAGGAGCCUGCCGCCCAAGGACUGGAAAGAAUAUUGGUAAAUGAUGAGACUGCUGCAGGGCAGAGCAGCAGAAUGGAAGGUGAUAUCCCUUUACCACACUGUGCUCAGACAAUAAAUCAGCUGCCUUCUUUGAGACAAGACAGCAACCGUUACCCUACCAUCGAUGAGCCCCUUCCUCCCAAUUGGGAAGCACGAAUUGAUAGCCACGGGAGGGUGUUUUAUGUGGAUCAUGUAAACCGGACGACAACAUGGCAACGGCCUACAACAGCUGCUACGCUCGAUGGUUUGCGCAGGUCGAACUCCAUCCAACAAAUGGAACAGCUUAACCGGCGGUAUCAGAAUAUCCAGCGGACAAUUGCAACAGAAGAUGAGGCCACGACAGAGAUUUCACAACCAAACACAGAACUAAGACGAGAAGGCUCGUUGUCUCCAGUGAAUUCUCAGAAAAUUAACAUGUUAUUGCAGUCUCCAACUGUCAAAUUUAUCACCAAUCCUGAGUUUUUCACCGUGCUGCAUUCAAACAAUAGUGCCUAUCGAAUGUUUACCAACAGUACCUGUUUGAAGCACAUGAUACUGAAGGUCCGCAGGGAUGCCCGGAAUUUUGAGCGGUACCAACAUAACAGGGACCUGGUGACUUUCCUGAACAUGUUUGCAGAUACACAGCUAGAGCUUCCUCGGGGGUGGGAGAUAAAGACAGAUCAACAGGGCAAGUCAUUUUUUGUUGAUCACAACAGUCGCGCAACAACAUUUAUUGAUCCCAGGCUUCCACUGCAGAAUGGCCGUUUGCCAAACCAUUUGACACAUAGGCAACACUUGCAGCGUCUGCGCAGUUACAGUGCAGGGGAGGCUUCUGACGUUUCGCGAGUCCGGGGAUCUGCACUGUUAGCCAGACCUACCAACACUCUGGUUGCAGCCAUACGCAAUCAGUACCAGCCAGAUGCUGUGCCUGUGGCAUACAAUGACAAGAUUGUAGCUUUCCUCCGUCAGGCAAACAUUUUCGAGAUGCUUCAAGAGCGGCAGCCCAGCCUAAGCAGAAAUCACACGCUCAGGGAGAAAAUCCAUUAUAUUCGGACAGAAGGAACACUUGGUCUUGAGAAGCUGUCAUGUGAUGCGGAUUUGGUUAUUUUGUUGAGCCUCUUUGAAGAUGAAAUCAUGUCCUAUGUUCCAGCGCAUGCUUUGUUUCACCCAGGAUACAGCUACUCUCCCCGGUGCUCCCCUGGAUCCUCACCUCAGAAUUCCCCAGGUAUGCAGCGUGCAAGUGCAAGGGCCCCUGCACCGUACAGGAGGGAUUUUGAAGCGAAGUUGAGAAAUUUCUACAGAAAGCUUGAAGCCAAAGGUUAUGGGCAAGGACCAGGAAAGAUUAAGUUAAUUAUACGGCGGGAUCACUUGCUGGAAGGUACCUUCAAUCAGGUUAUGGCCUAUUCACGCAAAGACCUCCAACGGAACAAGCUGUUCGUCACAUUCGUGGGAGAAGAAGGAUGCUGCCUGGCCUGCGGUCUUCCUGCAUUUUGUGUGUGACACUUCAAAUCUUCCUUAUUUGGUUAUGUUAUUGCCCUGACUGCAAUGCAACUGUCAACUGACGUCAUGGCAACGUAGCCCGUGAUUACAAAAACUGCAAGCUCACUGAAUGCACAACAAGUGCAAACUGUUUUCUGUUGUAUCACCGAUAGAGAUCUUUCUUAGUCAUCAAAGAUCAUUCACUAAUGAGAAACACAAUUGCCAUUUUGAACUAUUUAACAACUCUACCAAGACAUUCAAUAUUACCACUGGGGCAUUGCAAUAGAUCUCAGAACACUGGGAAGCACAGCAUGUAAAUACUCCUGUUUAAAUUAGUUUUGUACCCUCAGUGACACUUGCUUGUUAAUGAAAAUAUUGAAUCGGCCAAUUAUGUGGCAACAACUCAAUGCAUAAAAACAUGCAGACAUGGUCAAGAAGUUCAGCUGUUCAGCCCAAACAUCAGAAUGGGGAAGAAGUGUGAUCAAAGUGACUUCGUAGAGUGAUUGCUUGUAACAGACAGAGUGGUUUGAGUAUUUUAGAAACUGCUAAUGGCCUGGGAUUUUCAUGCACAACAGCCUCUUGAAUUACAGAGGCAAUUCUGUGAGCAAAAAUGCCUUGUUAAUAAGAGAGGUCAGAGGUGAAUGGCCAGACUGGUUUACUCUGACAGGAAAGUGGUAGUAACUCAUAUAACCAAGUGUUACGACAGUGGUGUGCAGAAGAAUGUCUCUGAAUGCACAAUAUAUAAAAGCUUGAACUGGAUGGGCUACAGCAGCAGAAGACUACAAACUUAUGCUCACUGGCCACUUUAUUAGGUAAAGGAGUGGCCAUUGACUGUACUGUUGAACAGAAGCAUUCUGAGCACAGUCCAAUCAGGAGAAAUACAAAAUAACCUCUAAGAUCUCUGCAUAAAAGGAUGUAUUUAACAAAUCAGUAUUUCACAUCUGGGGGCACAUCUUCAAACAGGAUGACCAAACAGCUAGAGGAAACAGGUCUAUUUAAAAAACUGUAGAAUUAGCUCUUAAGAAGAAGUAAGAAUCGUUUGUACAAUCAUAACCUGUGUCAAGAGUGCCCACUAAUUUCUACCUCUUUGAGUCUGGUAGGUUUUUGCCAAUCUCUAUUCCCGUUGCAGCAGUAGAGACAGGUAGGCCUUCAUGGACUGAUAAACAGAGCUCAAAGAUUCAGAAAGGCAAGACCAUGCCUGAGCUAUCCCUUCAGCAUUGAGCAAUAAACAGUGCUGAGGAAAGUUCUGUGCCAAAAUUCCAUGCAGUUACUAGGCAAGCUCAAAGCUGAAUUCGGGAUCAACCUCAAAAUAACCAUGGAAGUGCCAAAAAAAAAGUAUUUACUGGAGGUAUAAUGUCAGGGACAAAGAUGGAAAUAAGAAGUAUAAUUGUUUAUUUAUUUCCAUAAAUGCCUUGGUUUCAAGAACUGACUUCAGAGUUUUAGAUAUGUUAUGCUUGUAUAGAAUAUUCACUCGUGAAGUUCAGUGCAGGCAACUGCAUUUUAGUUCACAAGAAGGAAACAGAAAGCAACAUGCAAACUCUUGAAAAACAUGUUAAGCUAAGUAAGAACAGGUAUGGGAAGGGUGGGGUAUAGGAGUUGGGCACUGACAGCUCACAAAUUCCCAACAUGUGGAUAUGGGUUGGGAUCACAGUUUCUCAAGGGUAAAUAGGGGAUUGUAAAAUAGGUGGAUUAUUGGUUAAGGGACCUGGGGCAUAGCAUUUGUGGGGUGAGGAGGCAGAGAGACGGUGAGGGAACAAGAUUGGAGAUGAGGAUGCCAAAGUUUGAGGGGAAUAAUUCACGGAUAGGCAAUGAACAGUGUGGUGAAGGAAAUCAGUGGGUCAUCUAUUUGGGGAGGGAGGGGAGGGGAAGGAAUUGGCCUUGAUGUAGGACUUUGACCUCCACUGUUGACAAUUCCUCCCCCCCCAACAGAUAUUGUUUGACUUGCUGAAUUCUUUCAGCAAAUUGUACAUUCCUCUAGAUUCCAGCAUCUGCCAACGCUUGUGUCUCCAUUGACCAGACAUGUGUUGUGUGGUGCAGUAGGUAACCCAUAACUGACCAUUAAUCUGUAUUGUUAAGGAAAUUAAUACUUUUAAAGAGAACUUGCUCUUAAAUCCUUCACUAGAUUGUGGUACCAUUUUCUAUGAUUUGUCUUUAAAAUGAUGAGAAAACUUGAUGAAGGAAUAAAUUAUUUUGUCACUCAAUUACUCUUUAUUGUAGCACUUGUAAGAUCACAUACCA